GCGCAGGUGCUUGGAGGGGGAAAGAAUCAGGGGAGAAAUGGCUGUCGCGUGGGGAUCACGAGGAAGAACUUCGGCCAUGUUAUGAUGGCCCUUGCAGUGGAUGUUUCUCAUUUUGAGGGAGUGCCAAUGGCUCCACCAGACCCAAUUCUUGAGGGUUUCAGAAGCCUUUAAAGCAGAGAAAAAUGAGUUGAAGCUCAAUCUUGGUGUUGGUGCCUAUAGAACAGAAGAGUUGCAGCCCUAUGUCCUCAAUGCUGAAAAUCUUAUGUUGGAGAAAGGAGAAAACAAAGAGGUACGGUGGAAGUUCGGAAUUCAAGUUCAUAAGAAUUCAUUUCUCCUUAGUUUAUUUUUGUUUUAUGUAUCUGAAACUAAAGGAAAGUUCUAGAUUAUGGUGCAGUAUUUUUCCCCUUUCCUAGUGUUGACGGCCAUUAUCUCACGUUUUGACCGUCAACUUCUCGGGAAUAAAUUGAGUUUUGCACCAUGUUCCAUGCAUAUUUUAUUUGAUUCUAAUAAGUUCCACAAGUUUUGGAUGAGUUGUGCUUGAAGGAAUCCACUGUCCAAAGAUAGUCGAAAUCAGAGAAAAUCCCGGCCGCCCGGGACAUUCUGUGUCGACCGGCUUGACACCUCUACAUACAUGGGUCCAAUAAUUUCACCGGAGAAAUGUGACAUGUUCAUGAGGUUCCAGAACAAGGCGAACAUUUCAUAUCCUGUCGGUGGACCGGGAAGGCACAAGGUUCAACUCAAAAGCCCACAUACCAGUGCCAAGAUCAUCAAAUGGGGAAACCACCCCUUCCAGAAGCAAAGUGGAGUGAUGUUGUGCAAUGUCGGCGAAGCGGAAGGCCGAGGGGCUCCGGAGACAGGCCGCCCGGCCUACCUCAGGCUACCCGACCCAAGACAGAAGUAUUCGAGGAAACCACCCAGAGAACCGACGUCCAGAAGAGAUCAGGAGCCGUCCACAGAAAGUCGGUGGCCAGAUGGCACACCCCUAGGCCGGCCAGCCUAGGGAGGGCCGCCCGGCCCCACCUUGCAACCUCCCGGCUCCCGGCUUCGCGUGGAAGUUAAGCACCGCCUCUACAGUUGCGUGCACCUAGCGCUAACGGAAUUACCGGCUUUCUACCGACCUUGGAAGCCUAUAAAUACCACUCUCCCCCUCACUUGUAAACACACUCAAAGGAGUAAUUCUCUUUUCUCAAGUCUAGAGUAGGUUAGUAGUUGGGAGUUAGAGUCGAGUCGAGCUUGUCUCGGGGAUCCGGAGUCGUCAUCGGAGCUCGGUAAAGCUCUUGCAUCUUUUCCUUUAACAAUUUUUAAUAUAACUUAUGUUCUUUAUUUACUUGAGUCAGCUUUACUUUCCGCAAGUAUUUAUCUUCCUAAGUACUAGUACUUGUCUGCGGGAGUAAGUUUUACCUCUAGUUCAGUUUAAGUUCCCUUCCUUGCUUGUCGGAGUUAGUCUUACGGGUUUUCUCGCCCAUACUAGUGUAACUCAAGUUAGUUAACUAGGUUGAGGGGGAUUUCUCUUGAAGGCCUCAAUAGAAAUCCUAGUACCGAGAGCAGACACUGUGUCUGACUCAGUGCUAGCUAGAAAGUGUGUUCCACCCCACGGCACCACAGUGGUAGGCGGCAAGUGGUGAAGCUUUGUCCGUCCCUCGUAGUCCACCACGUUUGGGUGUUUUCAUAGCAGUAGGAUUGCCAAAAGUAUGUUAGGCCCCUUCUCAUACCUGCCUGCGACCUUUGCUUAGGUCGCCGAAGUAAGCUCCUGGUUCCGACAUCAAGUUAGAAACUUAGAUUAGUUCAAGUGAGGCUAGCUCAGUAGUUUAGAAGUGUUUGAGGAGACUUUUCUCGCUCGUUGUCUUCCCAGCUGCUAUCACUUUAAGGUCAUAGCUUGGCCAUUUAUCUCAUCAGUUAUCUGGCUUACCCCUGCUGAAUUAGUCGGUCGAUAACUUCAGUAAGAGUUUUCACUACAAUUUACGAUACAUUUUACCAUAGUGCUUCCCUAAGGAUUUCACGAUACUCUUGAAUACUCCAAGGUGAAGUGCUACACCGAUGAAUUCUGCGCGCUUGCAGAAUACCUAUUCAGAUUGAUCAUAAGAGACACCAACAAGCAUUUCUGGUGCCGUUGCCGGGGAAGCAAUUGGCUAAAUUUAUUGUAUAAUUGAGUGGAAAACCUUACUAUUUUAUCACCGCUAGUUUUAGCGGGCUUACCAUUGCUCUCUCUCGUUUAUUCGAUGUAGAGCAGUGCAUGACCGGUUUUGAUCUACCAUCCAACUUCGAUCCGAAUCCUCAGAGAAUUGGGCGAAUUGUGAGACGCCGCGUCGUCCCAUCCCAGAAGAAACCCACUUGGAAUCCUCGUUUGUCAGUCUCAGCACCACCCAUGGCCAAGACUCUCAGACAGUACUCGGCCCUGUCCAGCAGCCACAUCCCUACUGGACUGAACAAUGACCAAGGCAAUGAUGGCUUUCAGCUCAAGUCGGGAUUGGUGAACAUGAUUCAAGCGAGUCCAUUCUGUGGCAAGGCAUCAGAGGAUGCCAACGCUCUCCUUCAAAACUUCCUGGAAGUGAGCAGCACCAUCAACCCCAAAUGUAUCACUAUGGAUAACGUUCGUCUUCGACUGUUCCCAUUCUCCUUGCUAGGCAAGGCGAAGACAUAGUUUUACACCAACAAAGCAGACUUCACCACAUGGGAAGCUUGCUCCAAUGCAUUCCUGAUGAAGUAUUUCCUGGUGGGCAAAACCAAUGCCCUCCGAGGUAAGAUCUCUGGAUUUCAACGGCUCUUGGAUGAAGCCAUUCCGGAAGCUUGGGAGAGAUUCUAGGAGUACAUUGCAGCAUGCCCCCACCACGGCAUGGAGGAAUGGCAGAUUAUUCAGAGUUUCUUCAAUGGCCUGAACAAACCAGCUCAGAACCACAUCGAUGCAGCAUCAGGUGGUUCCUUCCUUUCGCUCAGCGUCCCUGAAGCAAAAGCACUGGUAGAGAAGAUUGCUUCCAACCAGAGUUGGAAAGGUGAAAGGCAGCAACAGCUCCACAAGGGAAUUCAUCAUAUCGACAGCAUCGAUAUGCUUGCUGCCAAGAUGGACUUUCUCAUGAAGAGACUUGAGUCUCUGCACCAGGAGGCUAACCAAGUUAUGGAUUCUCGCAUGACAUGCAAGAUUUGUGGAGAAACUGGAUACAUGGGCAACUCUUGCCCGAUCACUCAGGAGGAAGCUAAUUUCGUUGGAGCGAACAACUCCAACAACUCAGGCUUCCGUCCUCAGGAGGGUUGGAAUUCCAAACCCAAUCCCCCCUUCAGUCAGCAGCAAGGUAUGAAUUUUAAUAACAAUUUUUAGCCCACUUUAAAGGACCUAUUUUAUGGCCAGAAACAAAUUAAUGACAACAUUAGUAAGAAAUUCCUUGCUAAUGAUAAAAUUUUGGAGUCUUUGGCCGGACAAUUAGAGGGCAUAAACUCCGUUAUUAAAAACCAGCUGAGCUUCAAUAAAAUGAUAGAAACUCAGGUUGCUCAACUAACCUCAUCUUGUCUAAACAAUAAUUCGGGAAAACUUUCUGGGCAACCAGAGGUUCCUCCGAAGGAAAGUGUUAGUGCGGUAACUACGUCGAUAGGUAAGUCCACGCAAGAACCACCAUACCGUAAAGAUGCAGGAUCCCGAUGGAAAGCCGUACCCGCCAGCAAUACCUCUGCUGCAGACGAAGACCAGGAGGAGGCAGAAGAGUCCAACACAACUGCUGCCCAGGAGGAAACCGUGGAACCCCCUAGAACUUCACGGGAGUUUCAUGACACUACUGCCUUACCGUUUCCGGAACGGUUAAGGAAGCCGGUGGCCGACGAGCAAUUCGGCAAGUUCGUCGAGGUAAUACGGAAAUUAUAUGUCAAUAUACCGCUUCUUGACGCUAUGCAGGUCCCAACCUAUGCCAAGUACAUCAGGGAUAUACUUGGAAACAAGAGAAGCCUGCCCACCACCGAGGUCGUGCAACUCAUAGAGGAGUGUAGCGCAGCUAUACUCGAUCCUCUCCUAGAGAAGAAGAAAGAUCCAGGAUGCCCCACAAUCACAUGUUCAAUCGGGAGUCAACAUUUCUCACACGCUCUGUGUGAUCUGGGAGCAAGCGUCAGCGUCAUGCCCAAGGUAGUUUACGAUAAACUAAACUAUCAUGAGUUUGUCCCUACUACUAUGUGCCUGCAGCUAGCGGUCUAGACGGUCCGUUACCCUGUGGGAAUUGCAGAGAACGUUCCGGUUAAAAUCCAAAACUUCUUUAUUCCCAUUGAUUUCGUCAUCCUCGACAUGGAAGUCGAUGUCAAGAUGCCUCUCAUUCUAGGAAGGUCGUUCUUGAGUACCACAAAUGCACACGUUGAUGUCGGAGCAGGAGAAAUUCAGCUCAACAUUAAUGGGCAGACAGAGGUUCGCCUUCCGACCGAAGGUCGAACAAUGUUCCCAGGUCAAAGCAUUCAACCGGAAGAAAUCAGAGAAAGAGCAGGAGAAGCCAUCAACACCCACAAUCAAUAUCCUUGCCGAGCUCUUGGAACGACUAAGAAUCGACAGGGAAAUCAGAGUGCAUAACUACAGGAACGCAAGACGACGAAUCCUUCGCAGAGAAUUUGAGAAAUUGGAGGCGAAAGCGAUCAAACCGAAACCCGCCACCAAGAAGGAAUGGCGGAGAAAAGUGUCUUCGUCUGGAACUCCAUCCGGCGACGACAACAGAACCCGAGGUAUGGAGAGUCCCGCUUCGGACUCAAAAUCAGAGCUAUCGCCAUGAGAACCAUGGUACGUAUCCAUUCUUGCAUUUGCAUAUAGGAUAGUUUAAAUUCUUUGCAUAAAUUUUCUCAAGUCAUGGCAUGUUUACAUUUAUAAACCCAAGUUUAAUUUUUUUUUGUUUUGCAUCAAUUAUUAUUACAUUGCAUUUAAAAAAUGGCCAAAGUGUAGGCCGGCCGGCCCCACCUAGGCCAGCCGACCCCACUCUCCUUUGUUUGGUCAGGGGGCAUCAGGAAUCAGAGUCUUGGAGUGCAUCAGAAGCAAGGGGAGGAGGCCGACACCUUUCAAGGGGGGGGGGGGGGGGGGUAGGCCGGCCGGCCUCAUCGUGGCCACCCGGCACUCCUCCGCUCGUGUCCCGUCGCCUCCCACCAGAGCAUGAGCACCUGCAAGUCUACGAAGUAGGCACUGACGUGAAGCAAGGAAGGCCGCGGGAGGUGCCACCCAGUGCCAUGCAGGCCGGCCGGCCCUGCCCCUGCGCGCCUCUAUAAAAGCCGCUGCAUCGUCGUCGAUCGUCGCACCAUCGCUCUGAGUACGCAGGUCACUCUCCCAAGCACACUUUCUCUCUUCCUCUCUGAGUUUUCUUGCUUAAAUGAAGCUCUUAGGAGUUAAUUAAGUUUAGAAACUCAUGUGCUAGCCCCACAAAAAAAUAAUAUUAGUGUUGAGAUUAGCUCGGCACUAAUUCAAUAAAAUUAGUAGUAACCCUCUCCUAAAAUGAAAACCAGAAAAAUAUGUUCCGUUGAAUAAUCAAGCUCUGAACGAAGAACGUUUGUGGUGGACUGAUCCCCACAAGAACGACUAACCACUGACCCCUCCGAUUUAUUUUUCCCUGCAUAUUCUAUGUACUAAUCUUUUGCAGGAGCCAUGUCGCUAUGGGGGAACAUCAAAGGCAAGGUGAAGAAGCUGGGCUUGUCAUCCCGAUCCCGGAGUUCGUGGGCGUCAUCAGGCUCCCGGGAUGACGUGUCGGUGGACUCCGUCCGCCGACCGUCACGAUCCCAGGAAGAAGAGGAGGAAGCCCCUGCCUCUCCAGCAGUCCCGAGGCCCCAUCUCAAAAUCAGAGUUUUGACAUUGGUCAAUCAGAUCGUCAUCCGGACUAAUUAUGAGCGGGAUGCCCUCGAACUGUUGAAGAAGCAGUCGUACGGCCACGCCAAGCGGUUCGAUACAGAAUUCCUCAUGAUGACGGGACUCCGCCAGGACAUGAACCGCGCGUUCACAACCAUGGGAUGGUCGCGCUUCACCGACAUCACCGAACCAGGUUCGCACCUUCUCACCACGGAAUUCUUAUCAACACUUCAUGUCGAAACCGUUGGAAAAGAAACUAAAAUCCACUUCCACUUUUUCAACGAGUUCUUUGAAAUGCUACUCAGAGACUUUAGUAAUGCACUAGGCUUCAGUAAGAAAUGCCUAUUAGAAGCUAAUGCAUUAACAGAUGAUCUUGAAUAUGACCGUAGUGCUUGGUGGAAUGAAAUCUCAGAUGAACCAGUGAGUAGUAAAAACAGCAUAGUCUCCAUCCAUAAUCCAACUCUGAGAGUUCUAGCCAAGUAUCUGGCUAUGGUAGUAUUUUCCCGAGCAGACUUCAGGCUAUGUAGCUCCUCGGAGAUCAUGUGCCUUUAUGCUAUGGCAAAGAAGAUUCGCUACUCAUCUGUCAUGGGCAUGGUCGCACAUUGGCAGAAAAUGAUCACGUGCAAAUCUCCCAUUGACAUAACCUCACUGGUCACCCGCAUUGCGCGGUAUGUCGGUGUUCUGGAGAAUGCACAAGUCACAUAUCUGCCCGCGACGGAUGAGUACCGAACCUUCAUUGGUCUGGACCACUUUGUUCACGCGCACAUGAUGUGUGAAGGUCCCGGGAACUCAGUUUUCAUGUGCUAUACGGGGUAUGAGAAGGAGUUCGAGCUGCCAUGCCCGAAGCUCUCGCUCUACUCCGUGAAACGUCUGACCCUCCGGAUGGAAAAGAAGGAGCCAGCACGCCACAACACAGCUGGUCCUAUGACACGUGCAGAACUCGGCGUGACGCACAGUUGGCCGAAGGUGGCACAUCAAGGCAGGAGUUUCCCGUCAAGCAGGCACAUCCCGCCAAGCAGGAACUUCUCUCUAGCCAGGAGCUUCACGGCAGGCCCGUGCUUCUCAGGAAGCCGGACCAUCACAUGCUGCACCCUCGCCAGAUGCCUCAGCACAGCCUCACCCAGACACCACUCACAUGAGCUUCGAGGAGGCCUACGGGUUUUACAACCAGGGUGGCCAUCCCUCAUACCAGCCUGAGGGUAGCAUAGGGUAUGGGAACGACAAGGGAUUUUACUAUCCCUCAGGUAUGGGGACCUCCCAUAGCCCGCAGGUUGGCCCAUCUGCGUCAGCACGCUUUGAGUACGACAACCCACUCACACGGGAGUUGUCAGGCCUCACUGCCCGAAUGGGCGCCUUAGAGUUACGACAGGAGUUGGGACACAACCUCGAUCACAACACCAGUCUCACACAGGAGAGUUGGGGGAUGUUAUCCUCCAUGUCCUAUGAUUGGCACCAUGGUGCGUACUACCCCCCGCCACAGCCAGACCAGUAGCCCCAAGCUUCAAUGAAGCUUGGGGGGGGAGAGAUCGUCAGUAUCCAGGUAAGUCGUCAUAACUGCUCGUUCAGUUCAGCUUAGUUAAAAAAGAGAGAGAGAGAAUUGCCAUGUGUAGAAUAAAUGUGUGGAAAUCCGUGCAAACCCUUAUCUUAGAAAUGAUGAAUAGUUGCUCUGUUUGAGCUUUGCAUGUGCCCCCGUUUAUAACUUUUUACUCAUCUAGUACCAGAGCUAGUUGGCACAUAAUAGACACAAUUAAUCUGUGUGUGGGAGCAUUAACAUGAUUUCUAAGUCUAAGUUGUCGUGGGAUUUGGGAUGGCCUACAUUGGAAUUAAAACUGUCUACCUCAGUAAGGAAAAUUUUCGGAAUAAUAUUAAAAUAUGAUAAAAGGGUUUCCCUGUUGGUUUACAUAUCCCAUCCAGAGCCAUAAUGAUAUUUCAUGCAUGAGCUACCAUAGACUAUCUUGAUUUACUUUGAACUUUGUCGAAUGGUGAGUUCGCUUGAGAAAAGGUACUUGUCAUCCGUCGGUCUUUCUCCUUUGCGUACCCAUUCCAUUGCUAGCCUCAAAAUGUCUGGUAAGACAAUUACCUACUCCGGGUGUUGUCAUCCACUCUCACCAGACAGUUCGACCAUAACUCAGCCCAAAAACUCCACUGUGUGCCUAUCCAUUUCAAAAAGGGUCAGAAAAAUUUCUUCAAUUACUCCCUCUGAAAAUACUGAAUUCAUGAAGGACAUGGAGUUAUCUUCUUUUAAAAAAAAGAGAAAGAAAGAAAGAAGAAGUACCCAUGAUCCUUAGCAAAAAUGGUCCAAAAGAGGAGUUCAAUAAAAUGACCCAAAAACAUUUCUAAAAGUGUGAGUCCAUUUCUGCCUCUCCCCUGAACAUUUGUGAUUCCAUAAGACCGGAAUUUGAUUAAGUACCUACCUCUUGCGAACCACUCUUCGGCUCGGCAACACAUGUAAUCAAGGUAUGUCAUACUCUUUCUACGCAUAACUCCAGAUAUCAGCUUUAGAUUAAAAAGAAGUUGGUCAAGUUUCGACCUUGGUGAGGAUCAUACACCUUGAGCAAUUGAGAGUACCUUCAGGGAACCUUAAUCAUAUGCAUACUUAAAAAAUAUUCCGAGAAUGAACCUGAACAAGAAAAACAGAAAAAUAUUCCGGUGAAGGUUGUUCAGUCCUCCAACCGCUCAAGAUAAGGGAUGAAAUGUGAAAUAAGCCCCAUCAUCCAGAACAUAUAGGUAUGAGCCAACUUACUCGAAGUACAUACGGAUAGAGUAAUAUGCUGUGCACAGGGUACCUGUAGAGGGCAAGCAUCGACGCAACUCCUGAUCCACUGAGCCUCACUAUUAAGCUUUGCUCGAGGAUGAGAAAAAGUUUAAGAUUGGGGGGUGUUGACGGCCAUUAUCUCACGUUUUGACCGUCAACUUCUCGGGAAUAAAUUGAGUUUUGCACCAUGUUCCAUU